UUAAAUAUUGAGGAUACGAGUUGGGUUUCAGGUUGGACCUUAUUAUUCUAUGGCCUUCUUUUAUUUUAUUUUUAUAUUUCUUUAAAAUAAAAUUAUAUUAUGUGUUUUUAAAUUGUAAGUUGGUGGGUCCAUUUUGAAUUUAAUUUUAUUUGCUUUAUUUAGUUGAUUUUAAGUAAAGUACUAAAUGAAUAAAUCAAAUGAGAGACUUGUCUGGAUUUAAUUUUCCUUUCCAUGUAUUGCUAUAGCCCUGAACUUUUCUGUUUUAUUUUAUUAAAAUUUUAAUUUAUUUUAUUAAACCAUUGUAUUUGUGCGACUUUUGUUUGUUCUACUGAUCCCUUGUAUUUUUAUUUUUUACUUUUAUUAAAGAUCGUUAAAUUUUCAAUACAAGCAGAAAUAAAAUAAAAUUAAAAAGUCAAAAGCUUAAAAAAUAUAUAUUUUUUUUCUACUAUAUUUGCACUAUACAUGAAAAAAUGAUUUUAAUUUAUAGAAAUAGCUCUUGAUAUAGUAAAGUACAUAUAUUGGCAACUAAAUCAUGCCUUAAGAUUUAUUUACCUAUUUAGAAAAAUCAAUUUAAAUAAAAUCAACCAUCAUUUUGACUUAAUUAUAAUAUGAGGUAAUUUAGCCAAUCAAUAAAUAUAUGUAUAGAGAGAAAAUUCAGCUGGAGGUUUAAAGAGGAUAUGAAUGAUGAAGAGGAAAGUCUGUUCUGUAUUUGUUCUCCUUGUGUUGGUCUUCUCCAUCAAAAUUAGAUGUUCGUCUUUGCACCGCAGCCAAUUCCCUGACUCUUUUUUAUUUGGCACUGCAACUUCUGCUUUUCAGGUUGAAGGAGCAUCUAAAGAAGGCAGUAAAGGUCUCAGCAAUUGGGAUGUAUAUUCCCACAUACCAGGAAAAAUCAUGGACGGAAGCAAUGCUGAUGAUCACUAUAAUUUAUACAUGGAAGACAUAGAGUUAAUGCACUCCCUUGGGGUGAAUUCAUACAGAUUCUCGAUCUCCUGGUCCAGAGUCCUUCCAAAGGGUAGAUUUGGUGAGGUCAAUUCAGAAGGAAUUAAAUUCUACAACAGCCUCAUUGCUGCUCUUUUGCUCAAAGGCAUACAGCCAUUUGUCACCUUGAACCAUUUCGAAAUUCCUCAAGAACUAGAAGAUCGAUACGGCUCCUGGUUGAGUUCUAAAAUACAGGAAGAUUUUGGUUACUUUGCAGAGCUGUGCUUCAAAGCUUUUGGUGAUAGGGUAAAGUAUUGGUUAACCCUCAACGAGCCUAACAUUAUGGCUCAAUAUGGAUACUAUAAUGGGUUACAUCCGCCUAGCCGGUGCUCUUACCCGGCAGGUGAAUGUGAAGCUGGAGAUUCUGAGUUAGAACCUUAUAUUGCUGCUCAUAACAUGAUCCUGUCACAUGCUACAGCAACUGAAAUUUACAAGAAGAAAUAUCAGGAGAAACAAGGAGGCAAGAUGGGCAUAGCAUUGAACGCCUACUGGUAUGAGCCACUAAAAGAUGUUCCGGCAGAUCGUUUGGCCGCCCAAAGAGCUCUAGCUUUCUGUAUUGCUUGGUUUAUCGAUCCUUUUAUGUUCGGUGAGUAUCCACCUGAGAUGCGACAACUAGUAGGUCUAAGGUUACCCACAUUUUAAUCAAAGGACAAGAAGAAACUGGAGAACAAACUGGAUUUUAUUGGAAUCAAUCAUUAUACCACCGUAUAUGCAAAGGAUUGUAUGUUUUCACCAUGUGAUUCUAGUAGCACUAUAAUUGCUGAUUGCUUAGCCUCUAUAACCGGAGAAAAGGAUGGAAAAUACAUCGGAGAGCCGACUCCAAUGCCUACAUUCUAUGUUGUUCCCAGUGGCAUGGAGAAGACGGUCAUGUACUUCAAAGACAGAUACAAUAACACACCCAUGUUCAUUACAGAGAAUGGAUAUGCACAAUCUAGUGGUGAUAAUAUUGAAGAUAAGCUCAACGACACAAGAAGGGUAGAGUACAUGCAGGGUUACCUCUCUUCUCUAGCUGCUGCACUCAGGGAUGGAGCAGAGGUGAGGGGCUACUUUACAUGGUCUCUAAUAGACAACUUUGAAUGGUCUCUAGGGUAUUCAAUAUGCUUCGGCUUAUAUCACGUGGACCGCAGAACACUGCAGAGAACCCCAAAAGAAUCUGCAAAAUGGUUUCAGCAAUUCCUGAAGAAUGAAGCUAACUGCCUCCGUUUGCCCAAGAACGGCGGCCGAGAAUCCCAGAAUUUACAAUCCUUGCAUAGCUAUUAACAGGAUAUAUUUAUAUUUAUUUAAGUUGUUCCUUUACAGCUUGGGAAUGACAUGUCGCUAUACCAUAUAUACAGCAAUAAUAUACUCGUUUAGGAAAUGUUCUGCCCUUCAGUUACUUUCAUAUCCAAAAUGGCUUG